AUGACUAUCUUGGCCCUCAAGGAGGACCGGCCGACGCCCAAGGCCGUCUACAACUGGCGUGUCUAUGUCUGCGCCGCCACCGCGUCCUUUGCCUCGUGCAUGAUCGGAUACGACUCGGCCUUUAUCGGCACCACGCUCGCCCUGCCGUCCUUCACCUCGGAGUUCAAGUUCGCGGAGUACUCAGCGUCGGGCCUCUCACUGCUCAAGGCAAACAUUGUGUCUGUCUACCAGGCGGGUGCCUUCUUUGGCAGCUUGGCCGCCUAUGCCUCGAGCUACUUCCUCGGGCGGCGCAAGUCGCUGCUGCUGUUCGCGGCCAUCUUCAUGGUCGGGGCGGGCAUGAUGCUUGGCGCAACGGGGGAGCGCGGCACGGGGCUCAUCAUCGGCGGACGCGUCCUGGCCGGGUUCGGCGUGGGCGGCUGUUCCAACAUGACACCAAUCUACAUCUCGGAGCUGUCUCCGCCUGCAGUGCGCGGUCGGCUCGUCGGCCUGUACGAGCUUGGCUGGCAGAUCGGCGGCCUCGUGGGGUUCUGGAUCAACUACGGCGUCAACACCACCAUGGCGCCGAGCCGCUCGCAGUGGCUUAUCCCGUUUGCCGUUCAGCUGAUCCCUGGCGGACUCCUACUCAUCGGUGCGACGCUCAUCCCGGAGUCCCCGCGCUGGCUCUUUUCCAAGGGCAAGCGCGAAGAGGCCAUCAAGGGCCUGUGCUGGAUGCGCAACCUGGACCGGAGCGAUAUCUACAUUGUGGAAGAGAUUAGCUACAUCGACGAUGACCUUGAGCGAUACCGCCGCGAGGUUGGCGCUGGGUUCUGGAAGCCUUUCCUCUCGCUCAAGGAGAAGCGGAUCCAGUGGAGGUUCCUGCUCGGUGCCCUGCUUUUUGUCUUCCAAAACGGAUCUGGCAUCAAUGCCAUCAACUACUAUAGCCCCACCGUCUUCCGCAGCAUCGGCGUCCGCGGCACCAACACCAGCUUCUUGACGACGGGCAUCUUUGGUGUCGUCAAGACUGCUCUCACCAUCGUCUGGCUGCUUGUCCUCAUCGACCACAUGGGCCGCCGCAAGCUCCUCAUGAUUGGUGCUGUUGGCGGCUCGCUGUGCAUGUGGUUCAUUGGAGCCUACGUCAAGCUCUCAAACGUGAGCUCCAACCAGAGCUCCGACGGUGGGUUGUCGUCCGGAGGCAUCGCCGCCAUCUUCUUCUUCUACCUCUGGACGGCGUUUUACACGCCUUCGUGGAACGGCACGCCAUGGGUCAUCAACUCGGAAAUGUUUGACCAAAACACGCGGUCCCUGGGCCAGGCCAACGCGGCGGCAAACAACUGGUUCUGGAACUUUAUCAUUUCGCGGUUCACGGAGCAAAUGUUUGACGCGUGGGGCUACGGCGUCUACUUUUUCUUCGCGUCCCUCAUGAUCAUCUCCGUCUUCUUCGUCUUCUUCUGCGUGCCGGAGACCAAGUCGCUGCCGCUCGAGGCCAUGGACCGCCUGUUCAAGCUGAAGCCGACGUGGCGGGCCAACGAGAUCCUCAUGCAGGAGCUGCAGGUGGAGGACGCCGACUUUCGCAACAACGCACAGGGCGUAGGCUGGGAGAACGAAAAGGACGUCGGCGCGGAGCAGAUUGAGUCGCGGGACAGCGUGACUGCGACGAAGUAG